GUCAAGGUCGCGGGUUGGUUGGGUUUUUGGGGUGCUGGUCAACGAAGAUGGGUGUCCCGAAGUUUUUUCGGUGGAUUAGUGCCCGCUAUCCGUGUAUAAAUGUUGUGAUCCAAGAUGAUCAAGUUCCGACUAUUGAUCACUUCUUUCUGGAUAUGAAUGGUAUACUACAUACCUGCUCACAUCCAGAUGGUAACCCAAAUUCAAUGCCAGAGGAUGUCAUUUUCCAGAAUAUAAAGAAUUACACUCAGUAUCUUGUCCAGUUAAUCAGGCCUCGUAAAACGCUGUUUCUGGCUGUCGAUGGUGUUGCUCCUCGAGCUAAAAUGACACAACAGCGAGCAAGACGUUUUCAGUCAGCACAGGAAGCGCGCAAGACCAAGGCGGACGCGCAGAAACGGGGUCACGCAACGAGUGUUGAGUUGUUUGACCCGUGCGUCAUUUCUCCUGGCACUGAAUUUAUGGAGCGCUUGCACAAUGUCCUCAAGGAAUUUGUGAAAGAGCAGGCUAAUCAGAAUGAGGCAUGGAAGCACAUCGAUAUUAUUUUGUCUGGACACGAUUGCCCGGGUGAAGGCGAGCACAAGAUCCGUGAAUACAUGUCAUUCAAACGGCACCAGCCUGACUACUGUCCGAACGAGCGCUAUUGCAUCUAUGGAAUGGACGCAGACUUAAUUUUUCUGGGUCUAACAACACAUGAACUCAAUAUGUGCAUCCUACGGGAGAACGUUGUGAAAACCAAGACAUGUGUGGCAGAUCAAUUACCCUUCUGCGUGACGUACCUUUCUGUUCUGCGUGAAUACAUUGAUUGUGAAUUUGAAGCACUGAAAAACUCUUUGCCGUUCCCCUACGAUUUGGAACGUAUUGUGGACGACUGGAUUUUCAUGGCUUUCCUUUUGGGCAAUGACUUCAUACCCCACAUACCCAAUUUGCACAUUCAUGCCGAGUCGCUCUUGGUUUUGUGGGACACCUACCAUGUUGUGUUGCCCCAACUGGAUGGUUAUCUUGUAGAGUAUGGGCGCUUGAAUUUGCCGCGAUUUCAUCGCUAUAUCGAAGAAUUGUCAAAAUUUGAACAGUCCUGGUUUGAAGAACGAGAAGCUGAUUAUCGUUGGAUGCGUGGAAAGCGUGGGGCGCAAAUGGCUCGAGAGUUGGCAACGCUUGGUGAUACAGUUGGGUCGACUGAACAGAACCAGGUGAACACUACCUCUAACCCUUCUAAAGAACCCUCUUCCAACUCAUCCGACUCGAAACCCAGGAAAUCAAUCGAAAAUGAAUUGUCAUCACUGACCGCCUUAACCAGUUUGUUCGCUGCAGACGAUCUAUUUCAUGGGGAAUUUCUCGAUGAGACUGAAGAGCUGCUUGCUGAAGGUGUCAUCUCCCACAUUCCAUCUGCUCAAAAGAUUAAGCCUCAAAACAAUCUAAUCACAUCUCAACUUGUUGAUGCUGAUCAACUGUUGUCUUCCUCUAGCAGUGUCGAAGAUGACACAGAACUACUGAGUGACGAGGAUGAACUCGUCUACAGAAUGCAUCGUCGUGACUACUAUUGGACCAAGCUGUCCAUUCCGAUUGGGUCUGAGGAGGAGCUGAAACGACGUCUGAUGCCUCUGGUAACAGACUACGUCCGAAUGUUACAGUGGAUCCUGAGCUACUAUUUUCUUCGUGUUGCUGAUUGGAACUUUUACUACGCAUAUCACUAUGCCCCUUUCGCCUGCGACCUGUUGCUUUACACAGCCCAGUUCGCGAACGGUCAGCUGGGAAGUUCGUCAGACAAUGAGGACCUAUCAUGGACCAAGUUCGAUUUCGACUCCCAGCCGGUGUUACCAUUCGUGCAGCAGAUGAUGAUCAUGCCAGCGGAUGGUGCAUACAUUGUCCCACAAGUCUUUCGUUCUCUGAUGACCUCAUCUGAAUCACCUUUGGCCCCGUUUUUCCCGGAAACGUUCGCCACGGAUAUUAAUGGAAAAAUCGCUUCGUGGGAGGCGGUUGUUCUGAUUCCUUUCAUUGACGAGAAAGUUCUGUUGAAAGCGAUGGAACCACUGAACAAAGGUUUGACUGCGGCAGAACAGAAAAGGAAUCAGCACAAGUCCCAUUUGUUCUUUCCUGCCUGCCCACCGGACCCCUGCGGGUGUCCCAAAAUAUCUGUGGUUCAGUUCGCGCAUGCGUACUUUCGUGAACAUGCCCUGUGGACCGUUGCAGAAAUGCAAAGUUUCUACAAUCGUCUGGAGCGUGCAAUCAGCACGGAUUUCCCGAGCCUUUUCCGACUUCCGUUUACUACAGCUCUCCGUCAUAUCCCCGUUCACAUAUUUGAAACUCCAAGUAAACUUCAAAGCCUGACCUUAUGUGUCAAGCGAUGUAAAGAGCUUGCGGGCAUCUCGAUGGAACAGUUGGCCAAUCGACUAUUGGGACAUCCAAUUCGCGUACGUUGGCCUCAUUGUGCUGUCGUCAUGCCCGUACGGAUCAUGAACCAAAGCGAAGUCUGGGAACUUCAGGAUUUCAACAUGUUUCCUGUUCAUCCGUCGGUCACCCGAACAAAGAAAAAUGAUAAACCUAUUGCCAAGCUUACCCGUUCAGUACGAGGUGAUCCGAAUACUUUGCCACAAGACCCGUUGAAACAGCCGUCCGAAGUAAACUGGUUUCUAAGCAGAGUGGAAGAGUUACGACGGUUUUUGAAGAAUCGUCGCGCCAUUUUGCUGUCAGAUGAAAAUACCGACGAUGAACUGGUCAACAGCGAUUCCCCUCCAGUUUUGAUCUUCUCACGCAAAUUGGAAGGCUGGUCUGUCAAGCCAUCCAAUCCAGCAAAUUCGAAGCAUAGUGGUGACCCACAGUUCCACCUCGUCCCGAAUUUCGUGAGAUCACGUGCGAACAAUGGGAAUCAGUUGGAUCUCUCGGCGGUCACACUAGGGAUUGGAAGCAGUUGGUCUGCCGCAUUCCAUCCAGGUCGUGCGAGGAAAACCAAGCAUGCUGUCGUCGUUCCCGCAAUGAGACCGGAACCGGCGCACGGGAACUGUGACGGACUGGACUUGGACCUGCUCGAUCUGGUUGUCCCUGGUGGUCUUCCGCCUCCAGCGCUCCUCACGCACAUUAAGGCGGAUUGGGAUGGUGAUCAACGCUUGUCUCUCCUCUCCGUGUUUCAUGUGGGGCAGUUGGUGUUUGUCCAAACACCGCCACACACAGGUCGUGUGGGCGAGGUCGUUGGUGUACGGGUCGCACAUGGUUCGGUCACCGUGCGGUUGUAUCCGCAAGCCAGCAGCCACCCCAUAGACCUGGCUCCGCUACGUAAGAAGUUGUCGGAAACAAGAACUUCUUGUUACAUGCCCACUUCGCAGUUAGCUGCUGCCAUAGGUCUUCAUCCGGCCGCUGUAGCUCGUCUCACGGGAACCGUCUUGGUAAGCACUAUCAACAAAGACACGACUGACGAUUCGCAAGCGGCCGCUGUUAAAAACACAGACCAGGUGGACAAUGCUGCAGCAGCCAACGAAGUAAAUUCAUGUGACAAUACAUCUGCAUCAAAGAAAAUGAAGGACACCCAAGAUCGCAAGUAUUUGUGGAAUAUUGGUUUGAACCUCCGCCGUAACAAAACACGUGCACAGGUUUUAGGAUGGUCUCGAUUUUGUCCGGAUCGUUCAUCCUGGGUGUUCUCAAACUGUACGGCCGAUUCUCUGUUGGCCUACUGUAAUGAAUUCCCCAAACUCUGGUCCCUGGUAGAAGCUCACAGUGAAAAUACUCGCAGUGGAGGACCAAUAAUGUGUGAUCUGCCCCGCGGCGAGCUGGACGCAGCAGUGGAAUUCCUUGAACAAUCUGGAUGUCGUUCCGCAGCUGUGGUCCCAGCCGACGGUAGCUAUUUGGAUUGCGAUUUUAUCAAACACAUUCGGACCAUCGUAUAUCCAGAUGUAACUGACGGCGAUGGCGAGACUGUCAGAGCUAGUCAUGUCUAUCAGCCACUAGACAGGAAAGCUUGGCAAAAGUCUCAUGCCAUACACUGUACGCCGGAAAGUUUGUUUGUGCCUGUGAAUGGUUCUCGUAGUCUUUAUCCGUCAAGCGAUGGAGCCUCACAUAAAUUUUCAAUGAAUAAUUUCUGCCUUUUGGAUCGUGUGACGUUCUGCAAACAUGGUCAAACGGUUCCCAUAGGACUGUGUGGUACGGUUAUUGGUGUCAGCCCCAAUGGCCUCUUUCAAACCGUUGAAGUGAUGUUCGAUAAAGAGUUUCCGGGUGCAGUUGAUAUCAGGGGUUCUGGGCCAUGUUGUGCGGUACUCGCAUCCACAAGUCUUCUCAAGGUGGUUCAAGAACAAAUUCCUCCGAAACCUAAACUUCAGUCCAACUCUGGAUGUACACCGACACCUACGAAUGCGAACAACAAUAACCCCACUGGCCGUUUUUCCAGAUCCUUUGUUACUCAACCAAAUCGUGCUAACUUGGAUCCUCCGCAACAGUCCAAACCUUGGCCGAAACCGAAGAGUCGGAAACGGCACUCGAGCAAGACACCGUCAGCGAACACACCUGCAGCGGACUUUGAACCAACAUCACAGAAUCAUAUGACAACUGACUUCAAAGCGGAAAUUGAAGAACUAAAUGCCUUGUUGUUUGCCCAUAAGAUUCACGGACUGACUGCAGAUGCGCCCGCUCUGUGUACUGAAAACAUCCCUUCCAGCUGGGUAGAGGACACCCCAGCCUACAGCUACGACGAUAUGAACAAAUCAGAAACUGGAUUCCGGCGGUCCUCUGUUAACUGCCUACCUAGUCCACCAGAAUUGCCCUUGCCACCGGAUUCGUGGGCUACGGAUGCCUCUGAGUUACAGUUGCAGGUAGAUGAAUUGUUCCCAACGGUUGCACCGUCUACAUCAGAAAUUGAUCCAACAGACAAAGUGGGCAAGAAAAAGAAAAAGAAGUCUGGUAUCACAUCCCAACAGAAGAAGCCCUUGCAAAAGCAGUUCUGUUCGACUGAAAAUCUGAGUAGAUAUGACCGUGCCUCACCAUAUCCACCGCCGCCAGUAGCUGUCCAAGAUCCAAACGGAUUCGAGUCGUUUUGUGGACAGCCAGUCUUCCCAGCUACUCCUGUUGGCUUGUUUCAUCCUCAGGGUUACCCUUUGCGACCUACUCAAUGGCAACCAGAUCCAUCUGGUUGGGCGCAACCUUGUUUUGGCUCUGGAUUCGACCCGAGACAACAACUGUCAUUUGUUGCGCCUCGUCCGUGUGGGAACCCUCCUUACAUACCACAGCGCCCCGCUGCGGAUUAUCUCUCAUAUGGCGAGCGAGCUGGGACACGUGUACCCUGUGGUCCUCGUGCCAUCCCUACCUGGUCCUAUCCGAGACAACCUCAUCCCUCGGGUUAUUUCGGUCCUGGGCCUCCACCACAGCAUCUGGAGAAUGGAGUCCCUCUCCAACACCAGUACUAUCGUGAUUACUACGGCGACGCUUAUAUGUACCGUCCACUUUACACAAAUCCCUGUCUCGCACCACCCGCCCCUUGUCCUCCAGAACGUCCUCGUUUUUUUCCUGCACGACCUUCAAACUUCUCAGGACGAGCUUCACAACCGACAUUUAAAACUCCAGAACCAGCAUCCGGUUCUGCUGGUCCAAGAGCGGCGGACGCGAAGAAAAUGUUUAUGCCCCCGCAGGUUGCCAAGCAUUCAAAGAAGAAGUCUUGAGGUCUCAUUUCCGAACAUUCAUCCUGUUGAAUUUCUUCCCGUUUGACUAAAUUGAUUCUUCGAUUGAUUGAGCUGUUUCCCCCUUCAUAUUGUGCGGGGCGCACAUCCUCAUUAUUUUGUUGGAUUUGGCCGUCCAAUCCUUUUCACUGUCCCCCUAUAUCCAUCAGUUUUUACAUUUCUCUCUUAGUAUCAUUGUCGAGGCUCUUUGUCCCGUUUCCUGUUUGAAUUGGCGACAUACAUUUUUUAUAGAUAAUCUCUGUCUACGUGGCACGCAAAUGUCAUAUAAC